AAUCGUUAUCCAACAGAUGCAGACGAAGAUGGCAGCGAUGUUGCAUUGCAAGCUGCUCCUCCUGGUCUGUGCCUUGAGCGGAGCCACCACCACCCACCACCGUAUUAACAAGCACGCGCUGCGAUACCAUAAGGACGACUGGCAGCCCCACUUCGGCUACCAUAAGGGACAUUAUGCCUUCGAGCAUGAGCACCGCUACAAGGCCAGAUCGACCACCGCGAAGAGCACCAAUGGCCAGAUCCCUCUGGAUGACUAUGUCGUGCGAAUAACGUUCCAGGGGAAGCUCUUCUGCAAUGGGAUCAUUGUCGACAAGCAGCAUGUGCUGACGGUGAGCACCUGCCUCAUAGACGCGACGUCCAUGUUGGUGAAGCUGUUCGAUGGCAGCCGCUACAAUGUGACCAGCAACAGUCCGGCGACGGGCUUCACGACGAAAGACGGCGAGGAGCUGCUUACCCUCAUCAAGCUGGGAGCGGAGCUGGGCGAUCAGUACGCAAGGCCACCGCCUUUCUGCCAGCAUCGCAUCAAGUCCAGCGAGGCUGUCGAGCUGUGGACGUGGAAUCACCGCGAGACCCACCUGCGGAAGAAUCGAGCCGCCCAGGUGAUGGAUGAAAAAUGCAAGAGCCAAUUAUCUGAUCCCAAUGGCAUCGUCAUCAAGAAGUACACCAGCUGCGUGGUCAACACCCAGGCUUCCACGAAAUGUCAGCGCAACUUUGGCCUGCCCUAUGUGCUCAAGAACAGCUUCUGUGGCAUCAAUAUUCUGGGGCACAACUGUCCGAAGGCCAGCAGUGUCGAUGUCUAUAUGCGGCUGCUCGACGAGAAGCGGUACAUCAGCAAGAAGCUGAAUCAGGUUCGACUCUCGGGCAUCGACAAAGAGAUAUUCUAAUCAAAUUCAAAUAAUUAUACCCAUGAAUAUACAAUAAACUUAAAUGAUGCCACGACA